AUGGACGUCACGACGCCGACCAACGAGCGCCCCGGCCCCGUCCUCGAGGAGCAGGACGGCCUGAUGCCGGACCUCCCCGUGCCCUCGCUCGUCGCCAGCGAUGAGUCCUCCCCCGAGCUGCCCCCUAUCGUCUCCCCCGGCCUCGAGGACAAGCCGUUCGACCUCAACGCCGCCCCCCGCCUCCCCGAGUGCUGGGGCCACCGCGGCGCGUCGGCCAACUUUCCCGAGAACACUCUCAUGUCCUUCGUCGAGGCCUGCAAGGCCGGCGCCGAUGGCAUCGAGACCGACAUCCACAUGACCUCCGACGAUGAGCUCGUCAUGUUCCACGAUCCCGAGCUGCACCCCGAGUGGGUUUCUCAGCCGGGCAUCAAGGACGUCGUUCCUAUGCUCUCGCUCGUCAACGAAGUCCGCGGCUCGUUCACCGACCUCGCCAUCCUCGGUUCGUUCUACCACGAGGCGUACCAGGUUAUCCGCGGUGCUCUGGGCUACGGUGCCGGCAAUGGCCCCUUCAUCGUCCUCCAUGAGGGCUUCGUUGGUGCCGAGCGCUGGAUCGGCUUCAUGCCCGGCGCUGACCGCCUCGUCAUGGAUGCGCACCCGUACAAGGCCUUCAGUCCGGGAUCCUACAAUCUGCCCUGGUCGCAGCAGCUGGCAGACGUGUGCGGUUGGGGUCGCCCGAAUGCGCGUUCCAAUGCCGAGUUCGGUCUCACGAUCGGCGGAGAGUGGUCGCUCGCUAUCAACGACUGCGGCAAGUGGCUCAACGGCAUUGGCCAGAACGCUGGCUUCGGUGACUGCACCGGCUUCGAGGACUGGCGCAACUACGACGAGGCGAUGAAGACCACCCUCCUCCCCCUUCCUCCGGCCCGCCGGAGACAUCACACACCGUUGUUUCUUGCCUUCCUCGUCGGAGUUGCAUACCAGCCCCAGGGACGUCUCGCCGAGCAGACGGCGGACAACGAGGAGCACGGAGGCUUCCCCGAGCCUGACUCCUACAUCGACCCGCUCUCGAGCAAGGACAACUGUACCCGAGACCUUCCCCACCUCCAGGAGCUCGGCGUCAACGCUGUCCGCGUGUACUCCGUCGACCCCUCGAAGAACCACGAUGACUGCAUGAAGCUCUUUGACGACAAUGGAAUCUAUGUUCUCCUCGACCUCUCCCUCCCUGCCAACGGAUCGAUCAACCGUGCUGCCCCCUCCUGGACCACUGCCCUCCUCGAUGAGUACAUGCGUACCAAAUACCCCGGCUCAGCGACAAUCUUCCUUGCGGAUCAUGGCAGCGACGACUUCCACCCGCUCGACUGA